GCCCUGAUGAUGAUGAGUGGAGACGGAGGACAGCAGAGAAACACACACACCUGCCCAGAGACACACACAACUCCUGUAUCUCCACACACACACACCUGCAGGAAGACCCGCUCGAGGAGCUGAAAAUGUUCUGACGGAGCUGCUCACUAUUACUGACACUCGCGCUGUUUCCGCUUCCGCUUGCCAGAGUUUCAGCAGAACAUCAUGAUGAGGAGAAUGUUCAGGUGUGUGCUGCUGCUGAGUGUGCUGAUCUCAGAUGUUGUGUCUAUCCAGGUGAUUCUGACCAAUCAGCAGAUGAGCACGACUCUCUUCACGACGGUGACGCUGCGCUGUGAUUACUCCACCUCCGCUCAGCCGCAGAAUGUUCUGGUCACCUGGGUUUACAAGUCCUUCUGCAAAGACCCCGUGCUGGACUACUACUCUGCAGCGUAUCAGUCUGCUCUGCAGCUGGGUCAGAACCCUGCCAAUGACUGCCAGGACUCGCAGCGCACCAUCCGGACAGUGGCUCAGAAACUGGGCACCAAUGAGGCGGUGCUGGGGGCCGAAUACCGGGACCGCAAGAUCUACAUCCAGAACAAGGCGGACCUGGUGAUCAAAGAGGUGAUGUGGUGGGAUAACGGUGUGUAUUACUGUAAAGUGGACGCGCCUGGAGACACCAUCGGAGACCCCGACCAGGAGAUGAACCUCAUCGUCUACAACUGGCUGACGGUGCUCCUGAUGAUCAUCGGUGCUCUGCUCCUCAUCAUCCUCUUCUGCAUCUGCUGCUGCCAGUGCUGCCCACAGAAGUGCUGCUGUUACGUGCGCUGCCCGUGCUGCCCGCAGACCUGCUGCUGCCCAGAGAAAGCUGUGAUGCAGCACCGGCUGAUGAAGGAGGCGCAGAAGGCCAUGACGCCCUGGAUGAACGGGCAGCCGCUGUACGCCCCCAUGAGCAACCACAGCUCCAGCUACCAGAUGAACCCGCUGCUGUACGCAGGCUCCGCUGCAGGUAAGGGCCCCAUGACGCCACUGCCACUGCCGCCUCCGCAGAUGCCCGUCACACAGAUGCCCCUCAUGCAGAUGCCCCCUCCCAGCAUGCACGGCAAUGGCAGUGCCCAUGGCACCAAUCAGGUCCUGGACUACCUGGAGAACCAGAUGCGGGGCAUAGACGUGAACAGCCCGCUCCUGCCCCCCCCGCCGCAGCAUGUGCCCCAGCAUGUACCCUUCUCUGCCGGGCCUCCCAGCAUGCUCUCUGGGCUGGAGGACGGCCCCGCAACACGACCCCGCGGCCACCCUCACACACACUCCAGCGGCUCCUCAGCUUACGGCCCACGCCGCGGCCCCCCUGUCUCGCUCCCACGCAGCUACAGCCAGGAGGAUGUGUUGGAGGGCCGCAGAGGCCCUGGAGCCCACAGACCCCGUUCACGCUCCAGAGACGAUCUGCUGCACAGUGGCCCUCAGUACAGUCCGGCCCGCCGCGGCUCCUGGAGCUCCGCUGAUGAGGGUAGCCGGCGUGGGCCAUGGGGGGGCAGGGAGUAUGAGCCCGGGAAGAAGCCAGCGAAGCGACCCGAGAGAUUCUCUGAUAAGGGCUCUCGCAGUGGGAACAGCAUCAUCAUCUGAUCUCCAUCUCCUCCUCCACCCGCUGGACUCUUCAGUCUCCAUCAGCUGUUACACUGACUGCAGUUUAGCGUGUGUGUGUGCUUCACACCGCUGUCCAGAGCAGCUGACACACUCCAGUGAAUGUGAACAUUAGCAAACAUCCUCCGCUAACUGCUGAGGGCACUCAUUUAUGGUUACUUGGGUUUUAGGAAUAGACUGUGUAAAUGUAACAUGUGUUGACUAUAUUUAUGAUAAAGAGAGAUUUAACAGUUCAGCUUCAGCAUUUACCAGCCAGAGUGCGUUAUAGCACACUGUACACUAUAUAGUGCACUACACAGUACACUACAUACACUAUAUAAUACACUAUACAGUACACUACACACUAUAUAAUACACUAUACAAUAAAAUACACUAUACAGUACACUAUAUAAUACACUAUACAGUACACUACACACUAUAUAAUACACUAUACAGUACACUAUAUAAUACACUAUACAGUACACUACACACUAUACAGUACACUAUAUAAUACACUAUACAGUACACUACACACUAUAUAAUACACUAUACAGUACACUACACACUAUAUAAUACACAAUAAAAUAAAAUACACUAUACAGUACACUAUAUAAUACACUAUACAGUACACUACACACUAUAAUACACUAUACAGUACACUACACACUAUACAGUACACUACACACUAUAUAACAGACUAUACAGUACACUACACACUAUACAGUACACUACACUAUAUAAUACACUAUACAGUACACUACACACUAUACAGUACACUAUACACUAUAUAACACACUAUACAGUACACUAUACACUAUAUAACACACUAUACAGUACACUAUACACUAUAUAACACACUAUACAGUACACUAUAUAACACACUAUACAGUACACUAUAUAAUACGCUAUAUAAUACAGUAUGCAGUGCACUGUAACAGCAGCUCAGAGCCUCUGUGAUAAUGGACUGCUGGUUUACGGAGCUACAGAACUGAUGGAGAUGCUGAUUGUGUGUUUGUGUAGUUUAGCCGAUUGUGUGUGUGUGUGUGUGUGUCGCUGUAUUUCUGUAAAUACUGUUCGAGUGUGUGUUUGACCGUCUCUGUCCCGAUGAUGAUCCAUUAGCCUGAAGGAUUGUGAUGUUUUUACUGUACAUACAUGAUGAAUAUGUGUUUGUCCUGCUGAAUAUAUUGUUUUCCACCUGCUUCAAUAAACCGGUGUGUGUGAGA